AUGCUUCUGAACCUAUAUGGAAACCAGUUAACCACCCUUCCCACGAAGGGCUUCAAAGACCUUCUCAACCUCCGCUUCCUCAUGCUGGGCCAUAAUCAGAUCUCGACUGUCAAACCUGAUGUGUUCACCGGCAUGAGAAACCUAUCAGAUCUAGACCUGCCCAUGAACUCUCUCACCAUGCUUCUCCCCAAUGCCUUCAAACCCCUCAUCGCUCUCAAGGUGCUGGACCUCGCCUUGAACCACAUCCAAAGGAUCUCCCCGAAAGCCUUUGUCGGGCUUGAAGAGUUGCUUUUUCUCAACCUGGACAACAACAGCCUGAAGAGCCUCCAAGCUGGGACCUUCAUGCCUCUGAGCAGCCUGGAGAUGCUGGUGCUGGAUAAUAACCGUCUGUCCACGCUGACGUCAUCAGUGUUGGAGGGGCUGUUGAACCUACAGGAGUUCUAUGUGAGAAACAAUGAGAUAGAGAGAUUGCCAGCUGAUGUAUUCCGUCACACACCCAAGCUUCGCGAGGUGGCCUUGAGCGGGAAUCGGCUUCACACUAUCGAUGGCAAUAUGUUGGCCAACAUGCAGGGACUGAAAGCUGUAUAUCUGCACGACAACCCAUGGAAAUGUGACUGUAACAUCAACUCGCUGGUGUUCUACAUAGCCCAGACCCAGGCUAAUCGUACUCCUCUGGCAAGGCUCCGGUGCGUAAGCCCAGAGGAACACCGUGACAAACCUGUCCACCAGCUGAAGUCUGAGGACCUUCCCUGUCGGGCCUAG